AAAAAAUGUUUUACGGCAGCGCUUGUUGUGACUUACGACAUAACGGACGACGUACGGCAGGCUGCUCGGACAUCCUUUACCACAAGGACAACGUCAAGAUUCCACUUUAUUAAUACUUAAUUUAACUUUAUUCACCUAUCCAACUACCACACCGACGUUGGGGUGUCGCCCCACUUAUCACAUGGCCAACCCACUAAGACGUGACGUUAUUAGGCUUUACAAAAACCUGCUGUAUCUUGGUCGGGAUUACCCGGAGGGGUCGGCCUUUUUCCGAGAGCGCCUCAAGUCGGCCUUCAUGAAGAAUAAAGACGUGACGGACCCCGAACACAUCAAAAAGCUUGUGGGACGCGGAGAGUUUGUCAUCAAAGAGCUGGAGGCCCUCUACUUCCUCAAGAAAUACAGAGCCAUGAAAAAGCGCUAUUAUGACCCAGAAACAUAAUUGCACCUAGGAUUUCAUUAUUAUUUUAUAACUAUGAAUUUCUAGCCUGGACUACAGUGAAGAAUGGUGCUGUCCAUUUUUCACAAUUAUUCACAUUUCAGAUAAUUCUGCAGUGUGUUUGUACACAUGCACUCGAAGACACACACACACACACUCAAAAAUGAACAUUUUAAUAUGUCACUUGAUAUUAAUGUAUUGUUCAAGUCGCUUGUGCAUGUUGAGUACACAAACAGCUGCAGGCAUUGUGUGGGAGUAAUGUGGAAGCGGCCAUAAUUACACAACUGUAACUGUUAAUUUAUUGCUACCAACAAACCAUACAGCCAUACAUUCUUCAUAUGGAUUCAAGGGGAAUUUGUGACAAAUAAAUGUAAAUGUAUGUACAGUAAAUCUGUGUAUAAUACGGACUGUUGAACAACAAAAUAAAUGUGCACAAAGCAAAGAG